AUGGACAUCGACGCUCGCAUCAAAGCGUACAAAUUCGUCGCCUACUCGGCCGUCACCUUCUCCGUCGUCGCCGUCGUUUCCGUGUUCAUCACGCUGCCGAUGGUCUACAACUAUGUGAACAAUGUGAAGAAACAGAUUCACACCGACGUCAACUUCUGCAAAGUUUCCGCCCGCGACAUCUGGAGCGAGGUGCACCUCAUCAAGGACGCGCCGAGCAACAGCACUCGUCUCGCCCGUCAGGCCUACUCGACCGGCGGAGCUUCAGGCGGAGGAGGCGGAGGUUUGUCCCCUAUUGACACUUUUUUGAGUGUACAGUAUCAGUUUUAGGAUACUCUGGAGGAGGAGGAGGAGGAGGCGGAUGCGACGGAUGCUGUAACCCGGGACCACCAGGACCGGGAGGAUCCCCAGGAAAGCCAGGAAGGCCAGGAAAGCCAGGAGCUCCGGGAGCACCAGGAAACCCAGGAAAGGGAGCGUCGGCCCCAUGCGAGCCAGUCACUCAGCCACCAUGUCAGCCUUGCCCAGGAGGACCACCAGGACCAGCAGGACCAGCCGGACCACCAGGACCACCAGGACCUGACGGAAGCCCAGGAUCACCAGCCGGACCAUCUAGCCCAGGACCGGCGGGACCACCAGGACCAGCCGGACCAGCCGGAAACGACGGAGCGCCAGGAAACCCAGGAGCACCAGGAGAGCCGGGAGCGUCGGAGGCCGGAGGAGCCGGAGAGCCCGGACCAGCUGGACCACCAGGACCAGCAGGACCAGCAGGAAACGACGGAGCGCCAGGAACCGGAGGACCAGGACCUGCCGGACCAAAGGGACCACCAGGACCAGCUGGAGCUCCAGGAGCCGACGGAAACCCCGGAGGACCGGGAACCGCCGGAAAGCCGGGAGGCGAGGGCGAGAAGGGAAUUUGCCCCAAGUACUGCGCCAUCGACGGAGGAGUCUUCUUCGAGGACGGAACCCGACGCCGCUAG